CUAACGUUGAAGAAAACACCUCCAGUCGGCUGCGGAACCACACAGAACAUCGGCACACGGCGCGAGCGACGACCUGCGAGCGGGAAGGUGAUAUCGCAGCCCGCGCACGCGAUGACAGUUUAGACGAAAACGCAGGUGUGACGCGUGAACAGGCACCAUGGCCACGCAGGAGCCGUCCCCCCCCUCGUCCAUGGAGAGCAACAAACCCGGCUUCCCCAAGAAGAUCCUGGGCAACAAGCUGGAGGACAAGCACCUGUGCAACUGCUGUCACAACAUCCUCCGACGACCGUUUCAGGCCCAGUGUGGACAUCGCUUCUGUUCCUACUGCUUCAACAGGACCGUGAGUAAUGGACCCCAGAAAUGCAACGCCUGCAUUAAAGAGGAUAUUUUUGAGGAGCCCACGUCGAUUCUGAAACAAGGAUGUGCUUUUCCUGACAACGCGGUCCGAAGGGAAGUUGAACACCUUUCAGCUGUGUGUGUGAAUGAAAGCUGCACUUGGAAAGGCACCAUUAAAGAGUAUGAGCUAAACCACGAGGGCAAGUGUGAGUUCAUGAUCAUCCCCUGCCCCUCCUGCAAAGAACAUAUUCGCUUCAACGAGCAGGAGCGCCAUAACGAGCGAGAGUGCCCGGAGAGAACGCUCAACUGCAAGUACUGCAAGGAGCCGUUUCACUUCAAGAACAUCAAGGCACAUGAUGAGAUUUGUCCCAAGUACCCGAUGAUCUGUGAAGGCUGCGCCAAGAAGAAAAUACCCAGAGAAAAGUAUGUGGAUCAUAUUAAGUUCUGCAGCAAAUUCAGAACUCCGUGUCGAUUUCACGUGGUGGGGUGUGAUAUGUCUGUGGAAAAGGAAAAGAUUCAUGACCACGAGCGCGCCUACGCCUACGAGCACCUCAAUCUGUUGCUGCACUACAUUAUGGGCAUGAAAGUGAGCAUGGAGGGCCUGCAGCCCCAGGGACUGGAACUAGCUGGACACAAACUGGUGGAACUCCAACAGUCCCUCAGAGAGCUUGAGGCCAGAGUCUCCCAGCUUAGCACCACCUCCUCUGGGCCUCCCGUGCAGGGAGCCGCCGCCGCCGCCUCCUCCUCAUCCUCCAGCUCCGGUCCUCCUGGUCCACCCGCUUCAGCUCCCCUCCCUCCGCCGCCCACUCUGGCUCCCACUCUGUCUGUGUCGACCUCCUUCACCCCCCUGCCCAGCUCGGUGGGCGCGGCUCUGGAGCUCCAGCUCCACAGCGAGAAGACCAAGGUGGUCGAGCUGGGUCGCAGGUGCACGGAGCUGGAAGUUAAAGCCGGCACGUUUGAAAAUGUGGUGUGUGUCCUGAACAGAGAGGUGGAGAGGUUCGCCACCACCAUGGAAGCCAGCAACCGUCAGCACAAACUGGACCAGGACAAGAUCGAGGCUCUGAGUAACAAGGUGCGACAGCUGGAGAGGACGGUGGGGCUGAAGGACCUAACGGUAGCUGAGAUGGAGGGUCGGCUGAGGGAAAUGUCUGCCACCACCUUUGAUGGCGUCUUUGUCUGGAGGAUCUCUGAUUUCGCCAAAAAGAGACAGGAUGCCAUCGCAGGUCGAGCCCCCGCCAUGUUUUCACCAGCCUUCUAUACCAGUAAGUACGGCUACAAGAUGUGUCUGCGGAUCUACCUGAAUGGAGACGGGACAGGGCGCGGCAGCCACUUGUCCCUGUUCUUUGUGGUGAUGAGGGGACUGAGUGACGCUCUGCUCAAAUGGCCUUUCAACCAGAAGGUGACGCUGAUGCUGCUGGACCAGAGCAACAGGGAGCACAUCAUCGACGCCUUUCGACCCGACGUCACUUCCUCUUCCUUCCAGAGACCCGUGAGCGAGAUGAACAUCGCCAGCGGCUGCCCGCUCUUCUGCCCGCUCUCCAAGCUCGAUGCCAAGAACUCUUACAUCCGCGACGACACCAUCUUCAUCAAAGCGAUCGUGGACCUCACCGGCCUCUAGAUGGCUCCACGGGGUGGUACAGUUUGGCAACCAGGCAGCUCUGUGACCAUUAAGGCUUUAUUUUGGCUCAGUCGUGGUCCCUGUAGGGCUCUGUUCAGGCAUCUUGCUGUCCCCUGCGGCUUUAGGGAGACAAACAUGCUUGCAACUGUACGCUGCAUGUGGCUGCAGUUUGCUCCGUCCAGACGGCGCCGGCAUCGUCACAUCUGGCGGUCUCGAUUCGAGAGCCGCCGUCAUUGCUGCACUUUUUUUGGGUGCAAAACUUUUUUUUUUGACAUCGCCACACCGCUCCCAUGGUGAUAAAACGUCACUUCAGUUGUGGCACACACAAGUUUUGAGUUAAAGGACACAGAAGCAAGCAGCAGUGCAGCACGGUCAGUGCAGCGUUGAAGUAGAAGCAGAGAUGUCGAGGCUACGAUGCAGUGAAAAGGGUGAAUAGCGCCUUUUGUUUUGGCUCCUGCGGCACGUUUGAAGACUUGGGAUGCUGCAGAGCGCGCAGACCGUGUUAGAAGAGGAUUGUAGAUUACAGAUAGUUGAUGUGAUCAUUCUGGUGUCACUGUAGGAAGCUGGCAGUAGACUUUGAAUAGAGUUAGAGCAUGGCUUGGUGCAGUUUUUUGCUUUUUCUUGCAGGUUGUGGAUAUUGUGAGCUUCUCAAUUCCAGUGUCGAGUGAAUUUGCAUAGACAAACGUGGAGUUAUGUUACGAAUAAGAUUACAGGCAUUUUUUUGCGCAAAGUGCAUGCCGCUGGCGUUUUCAGUAUGAAAUUGCUCCUCCCUGAGCUUUAUGAAGGUUCCUCGUUUGUUGUUAAACUUGUUAGUGAAUUAGCCAUCCGUGAUGGUGGACAUUGCCUGCAUGUCUUUGGAACCAGGCUAUUUACGUGUAAAGUUAGUGUUGCGUAUUUGUUCCUAUUAGGGGUCGGUGGUUCUGAUUGGUGGUUUGGUACAUCUGUGGAAGAUACAGUGGAGUUACCAAGGAGACAGGGCAGCUUGCCAGUCAAGCCUGAGGCAUAAAACUUACAUGUGUUUUUGUCUCUGACAAACGUACAUAGCUGGAGUUUUCCCCAGGAUAUGCUCACUAGCUCACAUCUCAACACAUAGUACUGUGCCCCACCACAGAUUGAGGUUAACACAGAUUCCACGAAAUGAAGGAAUUGUCCGUUCCUUGUUUUCUGUCCAUACAGUAUCCCGUGCAUAUGUGUUUCUGCUGCUCUGAGAUAGAAUACUGAUGUGAAUCUAAUAUAUAUGUUGGUGCAAAUAUACGUUUGGUAAAUGUGUGUGGAGGUUGAGAGGAUGAAACAAGGUGAAAUGUCGUACUUUGUUGAAGGUCACGGGCCGUUAUUGACAUUAUUUAUUGCAGAUUGAUGUUCAGUGCAGCCCCAGAUUUCUCUUUAAACUUUCAACGUGCUCUCACUGAUUUCCAAUAAGGCACCACAAAUCCACGUCAUGUUCAAACCGACAUGUAAUUUUUCCAUGCGUCCACCAGAGACUGCUGUUGUACUUACUUAGCAUGCAUGCUGAGGUUUUUAAGGUUCACGCUGGCCUGUUUGAAAACCAGUCUCGACCUGUAUUGAAGCCUCUCUGUGCAUGGGAGGCUUCAAUUCAUACUCACUAUGGAGUUUCACAUCGGUUUACUCCGUGAGCCACGUGUGAAAGCAUUUAUUUGUAUUUGUUUGGAUGACAAUACGUAAUCAUAGAAUAGUUAUUAUGUUAUAACUGGCGCUGCAUCUGUUCAACAGGAGCACCUGCCUAUAUUCAUAGCAAUUUAUAAAGAUGUAUCUUUCAUAUCAUAAUGUUGAAAUAAUCUAUAUAUCAAUGUUAAUAUACACAAGAUGUUAUAAUAAACAUAGUAUUACUGAAUACCUUAUUAAUUCUAUAUCUAUAUACCAGCUUUUUGUUUGUCAAGAUGGUUUGAACAGGCCAGGACAACCCCUUUGUGCAGUAAGGACUUAUGAUUCCUUCUAGAGUGCAAUAUAUGAUCACGUCUGUUAGACUUUGACGACACCUUGGCUUUAAGGGUUUACAGAGGUCAUUCUCGACUUGUUUGUUUACAUUACUCAUCGUGGCGCUGAAGAACUGCAACCGAUUUUGAACUCUCCAAGGAAAAAUGGUGCUUUCCUUGUCAUUAAGCAUACGCUACUUGAUCAUCUCAAGUCAGCAGCUCUUCAUGAAGCUAAGCUGAUUUUUAGAAAGACCAUUUUAAUGUUGAGGAAUUCAUGCUAUAAGUGGGUCUCUGCUCUUAAAAACUUUCCAGUGAAGACGGAGCAUGUAAUAAGUAGGAUUACAUGAACUUUUUAAACCUUGAGUGUUCUUGUAAUGUGCCAAAAUCAAAUAUUACCUCCAUGUACUAACAAAGUUGUAUUGCAAGUUGUAUUUUAUGUUCUAUGCUAAAAUAUGGUGCCAAAUACGUUUAUAAUUAAGUUUGUGCUGCGUGUGUGUGUGUGUGUGUGUGUGUGUGUGCGUGUGCAAGCGUGCCAUUUUAAUAUGAUGCAUUGGUCACUUCUUCUGUAAGCACCAGAGAUAAUUAAUACUGUCCCAUGAAACUGUCCUCAAAUUACAGAUCCUCCCAAGGUUUUCUGAAUGUAAGCUUUAAUUCAGCUGUUUCUUUUUCUGUCUAAAAACACAACAGCAGUUCUGUAAUGUGAUGCAGUUGACUUGAACCGACUUUAUGUGUGCACUUUGUAUCGGUUGUGUGUCCAAACAGGGUAUUUUGUUGAGUGAUUUAUGUACCUUGAAAUCAGAGCCAUAUAUAUUCUGAUGUUGAUUAUUGAUGUAUUAUGCUAAA